UUCCCUUUCCUAACUACACAGUAAAACUACUUAACACAGCCAAGAUGUUCAAACUCAUCUGGAAAACUAAAAGCAAAACAAACUACUAUUUAGAAUGUAUACAAUGCAGAGUUGGACGUGUCUUUUUCUUAUUCUUUGCAGUAUGCAGAGCGUGUGUCAUUGCUGUGAGUGGAUCCGACACCACUUCGGUCACUUGAGCUCCGAAUACCUUUCCCAGCUGGACCAGAUGGGAGGAGAUAUCACAAAGCAGAAUGCCCCUGUCCUUUUUCCAACAUCACUUUACAGACACAUAGAUGAUGCCGAGUUUGAGGACAAAGUCAGGUUCCUGAAUGAGACCAUCUAUCAAAUCAUAAAACUGUUUGAUGGGAAUAUGAAGUCUGUCACCUGGGACAAGAAAAACCUGGACGAUUUCCUAAACAUUCUCGAACGCCAAUUUGAGAACCUUAAUUCCUGUGUAUCACCUGCCAUGAAACCUGAGAGCAGACUGAAACGGUACUUCAGGAAGUUGAAUAGGAAAGUUCUGAGAAAAAUUAACUACAGUGCAGAGGCGUGGGAGCUCAUUAGGAAAGAGACAAAACGUCAUCUGCAAAGAUUGGAUAUCCUUGCAGGACAAAUGUACUGAUCAUCCGUACUCAUCUCAGAAGCUACGCACUUACCAGUUUAUAAAGCAUGAAUACAAUCAUGUAGGCACUUGUUAGUCUAUUUAUUAUAUUUAAAUCUGUAUAUUAUUGUUUUUUAUUUUCAUAAAUUAUUAUUUAUAUUUUGUAUUUCCCUUUUGUACCUGUAUUGAACUGAAAGGUAUUGCCUGUCUACUUCAAAAAUCAAUGAGAAAAGAAUAUUGAAAUUGUGAAUAAAAACUUAUUUUGUAUAAAUUGUCCAGAUUUCGUUGUUGUCUGAAACCAACGAGAGUGGAUUUAUAAUAUUGAGCAGCCUAAUCUAAUCAUCAGAGGGGAUGCAGAUUAAACUUGUCUCUGAUCAGUCCCAUGACAGUUUGUACUUUAAGUUUAUGUAUGCUUGUAGUUUUGUUUCUUUGUGUAAUUUAUUUGUAAUGUGUUUUUGUACUUUGUGAGGGUUACUGUUUUAUGUUUUUCUUGUUUUUGUGUGGUAAUCCCACUGGGGCAGUGGGCUGAAGGGGAGUGAGGAGAUCUGGAUGAGGAGUAGAGUAUAAUCUGGGGGACCAGGAACAGCUCCUACUUGACAUUGUGGGAUGUUUAUUUAUAAAGUCUGUCCAAUGUAUUAAACACCUGUAUGUUUUUACUAUGAUUGGAGAAGAAAUACGGGAAAAAAGACAUGGAAAGACAAUAUGAAAAAGAGACAAAAAACAAGAAAUACUUUUAAUCGAUAGUAGUUUAGUCCCCCGAACAAGGCAGGGUGGUCGUGGGCAAGAAAAUAAAAACAAGCAAUUGAUUUAGCUUAGUCAUAUAUAUAGAUCUUUUUAAGUGGCAUCAUCGGGAUCCCCCUAAUAGUUCUCAAUGGAUAAAUGAGGUCAAUUCCUGUAUGACAUUAGACAAAAGUGUGUAUUAUGUAGGCCAAUGUGGCAGCUCACAGUCCUUUCAUAAGACUUGGAAUUCCUGGAUAAAAGAAAGUUAUUGUAGAUAUGCUGUAUAUCCAUUUGUAUAACGGUAUGAUGUUAUAUGUCUCACACCCUGAUCUGUUUCACCUGUCUUUGUGCUUGUCUCCAUACCUGUGUUCUCUGUUUGUCUGUUGCCAGUUUGUUUGUUUCGUCAAGCCUACCAGUGUUUUUCCCGUGUUAUUGUUUUCGAGUUUUCCCUGUUUUGACCAUUCUGCGUGCCCUGACCCUGAGCCUGCCUGCCGUUCUGUACCUUUUGGGCUCUACUC